AUGGCCGUGGACCGCAACGCACCCAUCAUCGUCAUCGGGGCCGGCACCUUCGGCCUGUCAACGGUGCUGCACCUGUCGCAGGCCGGCUACACCAACAUCUCCGUGUACGAGCAAGACACAUCGAUCCCGCCGCGCCAAUCCGCCGCCAACGACAUCAACAAGAUCGUGCGCGCCGAGUACGAAGACCCCUUCUACACCGACCUCGCCAUCGUACGUCGCCGCCUCCACCACCUCCCCCCAUCCACCCUCCUCAACAUGGCCCUGCUCGGCCCCUCCCCUCCCCGAACAAUCACCACCACCACCACUAACACCCCCCUUUCCCCCCACCAGAAAGCAACAACAACCUGGCUUACCUCCCCCCUCUUCUCCCCCCACUUCCACCAAACCGGCUUCCUCCACUGCGUCUCGGGCGCCGCCCCCGCCAAAGCCCGCGCCACCCUCUCCCGCUUCCACGCCGCCGCCGCCGCCCACCCGCUCCUGCGCCCGCACGUCGAACUCGUCCCCGACGCCGCCGCCGCCCGCCGCUUGCUACAACUCCGCGACCCGACGACGAGCGACGCGCAACACGACGACGCGCAGCACGACGCGCAGCUUGCUCCGCUCGCUCCGCUCGCCCCGCUCGCCCCGCUCGCCCCGCUCCCCGGCUGGCACGGCUACCUCAACCGCUUCGACGGGUACGCGCGCAGCGGCGCGGCGCUGCGGGGGGUGUACGACGAGUUGGAAGCGCGGAAAGCGGCGCGGUUCUGUCUGGGGAGGCGGGCGGUGGGGAUCGUGUAUGAGGCGACGGCGUCUUCAUCGUCGUCGUCGCCGUUGUGCAGGAAGGCGGUUGGCGUGCGGACGGUCGCUGCUGCUGCUGCUGCCGACGGGGACGACGAUGAGGAGGCGGUGCACCGCGCCGCGGUGGUGAUUGUCGCGUGCGGGGCGGGGGCGGCGCGGGUGGUGCCGGAGGCGGCGGCGGCGGCGGGCGCGGCGGCGGGGGUCGUGGCCAAGAGCUGGAGCGUGGCGCACGUGCGGCUGACGCGGGAGGAGGCGGCGGCGCUGCGCGGCAUCCCCGUGACGUACGCGCGGGACCUGGGCUUCUUUUUCGAGCCGGAGCCGCGGACGGGGUUGCUGAAGCUGUGUCCGAUGGGCGGGGGGUACGUGAACACGCGGGGGCGCGACGAAGGCGUGUCGUUGCCGCCACCGCUGGGGGACGAGAGCGCGUUCAUGCCGGAGGGGGACGAGAGGAAGGUGCGGGAGCUGCUGAGGCAGGCGUUGCCGGGGUUGGCGGAGAGGCCGUUGGUGGGGAAGAGCUUGUGCUGGUUUGCGGAUACGAGCGAUUCGGAUUUCGUUAUUGAUUACGUGCCCGGGACGGACCGGUCGGUGGUGCUGCUGAGUGGGGAUAGCGGGCAUGGCUUUAAGAUGUUUCCGGUGUUUGGGGAGUGGGUGAAGGCGUUGCUGGAGGCGGGGGAUGGGAAGCAGCCGGUGGAGAGGUGGCGGUGGAAGGCGAGUGGGCCGGGGCAGGAGAAAGGUGCGGAUUGGGGUGGCGAUGUGAGCUGGAGGUUGGGUGAGACGGCUGAGUUUGAGGACGUGAAGCCUGAUGCGAAGUCGAAGCUGUGA